CUUACCUUGAUCUGGUCGUACAUUUAAGGUCAUUAUUGGGCAGCAAUUUGAUUGGGACUCACGCUGCCCAGAAACAUCUCAUUUGGGCUAAUGAUUAUUGGAAAGAAAAAUCUGAUGUCAAUGGUUUAGGAUCCAAACGUGCGAACUUCUCACCACUUCGAUUUUUUGAAGCUCAUUUUCUAUUCAUUGAAAUCAAUAUGUCAUAGUUGAUGAAGAUCUCGGCUUUGAUUGCUGGCUUGGGAAAGUACAUACCAACUUAAUAUUCUUCUGCUAAUACACUCCACUGUCGUUAGUACUACCGAACAAUCGUUGGAUAACAGAGAGAUCGAAAUCUCGCGUUUGGAUUAAGUUAAGAUCAUAAAACGUCAAGGAAAUUUUUGGCAUAUUAAUCACUUUUUGGCACUUCCCUGGCAAUUGAAAACGACAUUAAAAAAAAAGAAGAUUCGUUUAUUUAUUUUGAACGACUGAAUUUCACUUAGAACUGAGGRAAAAAAAAAAAAAAAAAUCUUGGCCACUUCAAAGGUACAGGCUCCGUUAGGCAUCAUCAAUAGUGCAUAGUGAACAUAGCAAUGUCAUCUUUUGGACAACUUUACGAAGACGACUGCUCCAUCGCUUGUAGACCACCAAAUAUCAAAGAAUUCCCGCCUGAUGUUCUAACACAAGACCAACGCUACUAUGGUGGUGUCGUUCUUCACUUGCUUUUCUCCAUACACAUAUUUUGCGCCUUGACUGUCGUAUGUGAGGAUUUUUUCGUAGCCUCCUUGAAUCAAAUCAGUAGAUGUCUCGGACUGAAGCCCGAUGUUGCAGGAGCAACGUUUAUGGCGAUAGGAAGCUCUGCCCCUACUCUUUUCAUAUCUAUAAUAUCUAUCUUCUUCACUGAAGGAGACAUUGGGCUUGGAACUAUCGUUGGCUCUACUAUAUUCAAUACCUUGUUCAUUAUCGCUUUAUGCGGGAUCGGCGCGGGAGUUGUCCUAGAAUUGAAGUGGUAUCCCGUAUGUCGGGACUCUUUGGUUUAUAUCAUCAGUGUUAUUGUUCUUAUGGUAUCGAUAUACGACAACGAGGUUUAUUGGUACGAGGGACUGAUUUUUGUUAUAGUGUACUCGAUAUACAUUAUCAUCAUGUACUUCAAUGAUCGGAUAGAGAGGGUUUGCCACAAGAUGGAACACAAACUGAGAAAAAAAGAAAUGGAAACAGAGGAAGCGAUACCCGAAGAAGAUGAAGAAUCUGAGGAAGAAAAAGAUUACGACCACAAAGUUGAUGACUGGGGGUUUCAUGAGACUCCUGCAUCCCGACUGACGCCCCCCGAAGGCAACUGCGCCAAGCUGCUUUGGGCUUUCACCUUGCCUUCAAUAAUCCUCUUCUACGUCACCAUCCCAGACUGCAGAAAGCAUACAUGGCGGAAGUUUUAUUUGGUGACGUUCAUGGUAGCAGUGCUGUGGAUGGCUAUCCUAUCGUACUUCCUGGUCUGGAUGGUUGCUAUCAUAGGGUAUACCUAUACUAUUCCAGAGAGCGUCAUGGGCAUGACAUUCCUGGCAGCUGGCAGUAGCCUUCCUGAUGCCAUCGCUAGUUUGGUGGUAGCCAAGCAAGGAAGCGGUGAUAUGGCGGUAUCGAAUUGUAUUGGCAGCAACGUGUUCGACAUGCUCUGUUUAGGAAUCCCAUGGUUGAUCAAGAGUGCUUUCUUACAGCCUAACCAACCUGUCAUUAUCCAGAGUGAGCACAUCUUCUUCACCUCGGCCAUGUUGAUCGGUAGCAUCAUUUGCACCAUGCUAUUGAUACAUCUAAACAAGUGGUUGUUGAACGUACGCGUGGGUGUCGGGUUUCUGGUCAUGUAUUUCUUGUUCCUCAUUGUAGCAACAUACAUCGAGUCUCUUACUUGCAUCAGUUGUCUGAGAAGCCUCAUUUGAGGCGGCGAAAGUGUUACAGUCGUUCAUCCCCUUGAUAGGGCACCCUGCUUUUAUGUACAGUCACUGCUUUUUGUCCCUUUGAAGUGCAUUAACUCUAAUACAGACACUUUGGCUGGUUCCUUUGGUGUUUGUAUUAACGAUAUUCACUAUGAAAGUGUAGUACUAAGUAUAACUGCAGCUUUUAGCCAUUGAACAAUGUUGCGUGACAAGGCGAAAAUUCAGCUGACAAUUCUUACUGGUUAAAAAUUAUCCGAAAAUAUGCCAAAAAUGUUCAUGUUUUCAUGCUAGUUCUGCUCGACAAUGGACCUAAUCCACUCGGGCGUAGUGUUUUGCCAAUUUCAGACCACGUGUCAUUCUCUUGAGAAUAUGAUUCCUGUUUGAGUUGUAUCUAUAUUCAUGUGUCUUCUCAUGUGCAACCGUUAAACAAAGAAAUGA